AUGUUUUCUUCCGUCUGUUACGUUGGAGCGGCCAUUUUGUUUGCCAAUUCCGCGUACUCUUCGUACCAAUUCCACCAGCUGGGCGACGCUCUGCCGUUGGACGUCCAGCUGGAAGCCUGUUUGGCGUGCGUGUUGGUUCUGGUGGGCAGUUUGGCCGGGGUUCCGCGUCCAAGCCCCAAGCACGACAUCGUCACAGGCAAGGAGGUGAGGGGAUACAAACAGGAGCCGCUCAAGUACAUUUAUAUGGAAAAGGCCACUGAAGAGCUGGAGGUGCAAGGAGUGGCGUUGUUUGAGGAACUGAUCAACCGACCGGGAUACCUGGCAUUGAAACAAAAAAGAGCCGAGUUCGCCAAAUGGGCAAACCAAUGA